AUGGCAUUCAAAGACAUCAACAAAACCCUUGUGGAGCCUGAAGUGGCCAUUCACCGGAUCCAGAUCACCCUCACCAGACACAAUGUGAAAUCACUGGAGAAAGUGUGUGCUGACCUAAUUAGAGCAGCCAAAGAAAAGAACUUGGAAGUAAGGGGACCUGUUCAAAUGUGCACUAAGACAUUUACCAUCACAACUAGAAAAACUCCUUGGGGUGAAGGUUCAAAGACUUGGGAUCAGUUCCAGAUAAAAAUCCAAAGAGGCCUUAUUGAUUUGCACAGUCCUUCUGAAAUCGUUAAACAGAUCACUUCUAUCAGCAUUGAACCAGGUGUAGAAGUUGAAGUCAUCAUUGCAGAUGUCUAA